AUGGAUUCAAAUUCUGGCUCUGCGUCAACCACGCCAGACCUCGACCUGAACGCUCUCGUUCUUUCCUCUCCGCCUCGCAAUCCAAAUGAUUCUCUAUAUUCCUCACCUGAUCAAUAUUUUCUCGAAGACGAAGAGGUAUAUUUAGAAGACUAUGACCAGACAAUCGACAAUCAUUGCUUUGCUGAAAUCGGAGCUACCGUCAUGAGCGACGGUGAGAAAAUGUCUUCAUACGGUCCCUUGGCGGCGUUUCCCAAGCUGUCUUCUAUCGAACAAAAGCCAAGCGACGUUGCAAAUAAUUUAUGCUUACCGGUUGUGCGAAAACGAAAAGUGGAUGAAACAAGCGGAGAUUCUAACGAAAAGACAGUCGGAUUGGGGCGGAAAACAAGUGUAAAGAAGAACAAACAGUAA